AUGGCUAUCUUCGAUUCCGAGAAGCGCCCUCGAGGCCUUCGCGUCCCCUCUCUCACCGCGAUGAAAAACGGUACCGCCGCAGCCAAAUCGCAGUUCUCCUUCUCUAGCAAAAAAUCCGUUGAGUCCCGCUCUCCCGACGAAUAUCCUCUGCCCAAUCCGCCCUCUGGUGGUUUCUUUGCCCCGCCGCCCAAGGCUGCCCCUGCUCCAAGCAAGGAACUGCCGGUCAUUCCCAGGGACCAACUUCCUCCGCCGCCGCGCGUAUUAUCCAAAGUCCCGGCGCGUCGACAGGUGGGGAGCAGUGCGCGCCCACGCGAGACCUCUCCUCCUACACCACAGGGCCUGCGACAACCCGCGCCGCCCGUUGCUGAGGCUGCGCCGCUACCCGAACCACAGCCAGAGCUUCACCCGGAGCCUCCAAUGAAGUCCGAGCUUCGAAUGCGAUCGGAGCUUCCAAUGCCACCGCAGUCGCAAAUGCCACCACAGUCGCAAAUGCAGCCACAACCGCAAAUGCAGCCACAAUCGCAAGAGCAGCCACAAUCGCAAGAGCAGGCUCAAUCGCAAGAGCAGGCUCAAUCGCAUUUCUCACCCCGGUCUCCACCCCCUGUCACUCUUUCGCCGCCGCCAGUAGAAGACAACGAGGAUUUGACACCGCUGGAAGACUUCAUCCCCACCCCCGAUGGCACUGGAACUCCUCUGGAACUCGUGUCCAGCGAUGAGCAGCCUCCGCUCGACACGCCGCCACAGGAAUUUGACAUUGCGGCGCCGUUGAACAAAGUCCACUUUGCCUGCUUCCAGGAGCAUCGCAACAUGCCCGCGGCACAGAACGUGUGGUGCCCAGUGCCGUGCAUGACCUGCCACCAGUUCGACCGGAAGACCCGCCACCGCUGUGUAUUCUGCUGCCUGCGCAUUUGUGAGGGCUGUCAUCACGCCCUGAUGAAGUGCAAGAAUCGGUCGUUGGAGGAGCUCAUGGGGAGCCUCAACGGUGUUUGA